AGUUUGAAUUUGAUGAAAACGCUAUUACAAAAGGUGUUAAUCCUAUGGAUAAAUGGAUUAUUUCUAGCAGCUAAGCAUUAAUUGAAUUUGUUAAAAAUGAAAUGGAAUCAUAUAGGAUUCAUACUAUAAUACCUAGAUUAAUUAGUUAUUUAAAUACAAUGACUAAUUGGUAUGUGAGAUUGAAUAGAAAUAGAAUCAAGGGAAAUAAAGGAAAUUAAGAAUGGAUAGUAAGUUUGAAUGCAUUUUUUUAUGUUCUUUUAAAAAUCACUCUUUUGAUGUCUCCAUAUGUUCCUUUCAUCACAGAAUCAAUUUAUUAAAAUCUUAAGAAAUGUAUUCCAUAAGGUAAAAAUAAUAAAGAAUCAAUUCAUUUUCUUUAAAUUCCUGAUAUUAGAAAAGAAUUGAUUGAUCCAAAAAUUGAAUCUUAGGUUGAAAAAAUGCAAAUUGUUGUUCAAGCUGCUAAAAAAUUAAGAGAAUCUCAUUAAAUUACUCUUAAAUAACCUAUCAAUAGUUUAACUAUCUUAACUACUGAUGAAUAGCUAAUUUAAAGUGUUUAAUUCUUAUCAAAAUAUAUCGAAGAAGAAAUUAAUACUCCAACUGUUUUGGUUGAAAAUAAUAUUGAAUAAUAUAUUCGACUUAAAGCUGAACCUGAUAAUAAAAUAUGUGGAUAAGAAUUAAAAGAUAAAUUUGGACCAGAUCUUAUUCAAUAAAUACGUAAUUUCACUUAAAAAUAAAUCCUUACUCUCAAAAAUGAUGGUAAAUUGUAACUCAAAGUUAAAGUAAAGAAGGAAAACAAAGUUAAAGAAUAAAUUUAAAAAUAACCAAAUCCAAAAGUUAAAAAAGGUAAAAACAAUGUCGAAUACAAUGAAGUAGAAAUGGAUUGCGAAUUAUUAUUAAACCACGUUAAAAUUACUGAUUAAUUUAACACUGAAAAACAUAAAUAACUAAUCUUUGCUCCUCAUGAUGGAUUCUCUAUUAUUUUAGAUCCUUCAUAAACAUAAUAACUUAAGAAUCUUGGAUUUGCAAAAUUAUUCACUAAUAGAAUUUAAAAUUUAAGAAAGAAACUAGGUUUGUAAUUAGAGGAUAAAAUAAUUGUCUUCUAUUAAUUUGAAGCUGAAUCUGAAUUAUCAAAUGCUGUUUAAUCUGAAAUUGCUUGGAUUAGAAACUAAAUCAAAGAACCAAUAUUUUCAUCUGAUUAUAAACAUAAAUACUUAAAAUUUAUCUGUAAUAAGGAUAUUGAUAUAGAUAACCAUAAAUUUACUAUUUCAAUUGCCUAAAACUCUCCUAUUUUCCAUUAAUAAAAACUAUUGGUAAUUUUUUAUUAUUAUUAUUUAGGAAUAAUACAGUGAAAAGGAAGUAGAUUCAAUUAUUAGAACGUUAGCUAUCUUUCCUAAUUUAUAAUAAAAUAUUGAAUUUAUCUUAGAUGGUAAAACGAUUGCACUUGGCCCUGAACAUUAUUCAAUACAAUUAUGA